AUGACUGAUAAUACACCUCUUCUUAAGCCUUUGUCUUCUUUGAGCAUCGCUCCUCAUCAAUAUAUUGAGGCGGAGCCUGAUACUAAUGAAAAUUUGGAGAACAGUUUGAAUGAUGAACUUUCUAAUACGUCUUUAUAUGAUAAAAUUAAUAAAAAUAUGAUGAAAAAUAUUUCUAUUAAUAUAGCUUUUAUGUUUUCAUGGUUUUUUUUUUCAAUAUUAUUAUCUAUGUAUAAUAAAUGGUUAUUUUCUGAAAAGCAUUUAAAUUUUACGCUUCCUUUGUUUGCAGGAUGCGUUCACAUUGUAAUUGAAUAUUGUUUUUCUAUUAUUAUUAUGAAAUUAUUUCCUCAAUUUCGACCGCCAAUCAAUAGUUUUGAAAUGAUAGAUAAUUUAACAAAGGUUAUUCCAUGUGGUGUAGCUACAAGCCUGGAAAUCGGAUUUUCAAAUGCUUCACUUAAAACUAUAAGUUUAUCGCUUUAUACAAUGUACAAAUCUUCAUCUCUUGGUUUUGUUUUAUUAUUUUCUUUUAUUUUUGGACUAGAAAAAAUGCAUGCAUCUCUUAUUGUUGUUAUUGUUAUUAUUAUGAUUGGUGCUGUCAUGAUGGCAUCAACACAAACUGAAUUUGUUUUUCAGGGAUUUAUAAUGGUUACCGUAGCAUCUGCUUUUGGAGGAUUAAAGUGGUCACUUGUUCAGAUAUUAUCUACAAGGAACUCUGUUGCUUUUAAUCCAUUUUCAUUUAUAUAUUUUUUAUCUCCAUCUAUUUUUUUUUGUUUAAUCAUUUUAUCAUUAUUAAUAGAAGGUUUAAAGAAUAUAAUAUAUACAUCUUUUUGGGAUUAUGGUGUUAAUUCUUUAAUAAUGCUAAUAUUUCCUGGAAUUAUUGCUUUUGCCAUGAUUGUUAGUGAAUAUUGGCUAAUUAAAAGGACCAGUAUCGUAACACUUUCAGUUGCAGGAAUAUGUAAAGAGGUUAUAACUAUGGGUGCAUCUGCUAUUUUUUUUAAGGACCACCUUGACUUGAUAAAUAUUCUGGGUUUUAUUGUAACAAUUGUUGGAAUUAUAUUAUAUAAUAUCAUGAAAUAUUAUGCAUUAAAAGAAGAAUCACAUAUUCAAAAACUAGAUUACAAAACUGUCCCUUUGGUUAACAAAAGUAGAUUAUCUACUACAGAAUCACCUCAAAAUACUGAGAAUUUAGCAAAAGAGUAA